UGUGGAAGCUUGUGUUAUAUUUAAGGGUGGAAGGUGUUUUCUUUCCCUCGUUCAUAUCAUCAUUUAAAGCUCGGAUCGACGACAUCAUACCUAAAGCUCAACCAUGGACUCAACAGACACAGAUCCCUCUAUCAAAGUCAAAGUAUCCCCAACCCAAAGCGCAUACUUCGCAGGCGAACCAUUCACCGUUGCAAUCACAUUCACCAAUACCCGCUCAAACAACACAUCACCCAUCUCAGCAGUGUCAGCACCUGCGCCAGUUCAGAAAUCACACAAACGAAAUGCACAUUCUAUAAGCUCUGCCCCGCUUGCUAGGCCUCCUACGUCUCCUGGCUUGAGCCCACGUCCACCAGAUUUUGUUAGAGCGCUUGGUAUUGGCAUUGGCGAAGAGGGGAGGAAGGGAUUGAUUGGAGCAGUGGAUGGGAAGGGGAAAGGCAAGGAAGUGCUUGAAGCCAGCCGUAGUGCAUUGGAAAAGGCCAAGCGCAGUGCUAGCGUGGAUAUUUCUGCUAGUGAAGAGUAUGUACAAGCUUAUGAAGUAGAUUCAGUAACACCACGCACGACCUUCCCCAUACCCCAGAACCACCCGCACGCACGCAAACAAUCAGUAUUCGACGGCCACCUCCAGUUAAACGAAGUACAGCCCCCCUUGAACACAUCUACAUCCACACUAGACCCAAUCGCAGAAACACCCGCUCCCCUCACCCAUUCAUACCCCCCUCGCAAACAACCACACCAGGCACUUGGUCAUGGUCACCCACCCAUCCCAGUCCCUCAUUCUAACACCACCAAACCCCUCCCCCCAAACACAACACUCCUCCUUUACUCAUACGCCCAACUCUCAGGAACAGCACACAUCCUCCCACAAGCUACACCAGCAGCCCUAUCCAACCUCCGCGCACAUCUCCUCAAAAGGCCCGUCUUGGGAGGGGGAAGCCCCAUUCACUGUUCUACCAGUCUUACAGGUUCCCUAUUGAGCUUAUUAAGUCCUUCCAGUUACAGUCCUUCAGUCGGGAGAUCGAGAGCCCCUUCUCUCACUUCGCAAAGCGAUGCGUCUAGUACAGGCGUUGGUUUGGGUUUGGGUCUGAGUGUCGGAGCAGCUAAUUCCGUGGAAGGAGAAGAAGAAGAGGUGCCACUCCCUGUAUUCGAAGUACAACCUGCCAUGCUGGCCGUCGAUCUGGCCUUGAGUCCCGGAGAAAGUAGGACUUGCCGCAUGAUCCGCUUCUCAUACGAACUUGUAGUCGGUACGUGCCGGAGAGGCGAUAGCAGCGAUGGCCCCGCCACUUCUGUCGGCGUGACAGUGAGCAGGGUAAUGAAAGUCCCUAUCAGGGUAUAUAACUGGGUCAGCGUCAGCAAACCACAACGCCCUUACGACCUCCUCCUCCCCGUGCGUAAACACGACGGCGGGAAGAUCACAGAUCUAAGCAGCGCGAGUGGUGAUGUAAAGAAAGACUCGUCUUCUUCCUCGUCGAAACCUUCACCGACUGUAUCACCCUGUGACCCCCUUGACGACCUCCGCGCCUACGGUGAGAGGCUACUCGAGACAUUCCCUGCGGAGGGAUCGACGGGCGUGAGGAUUAAAGAGCCUGCUGAAAGCGUGCCUGAGAACAUACCUUCCUCCUCCUCCUCCGGACUUGCUUCUGGGAGUGGAAGUCAGGUAGUUCUGGAUCCUCUCAGGGCAUUCGAAAGAGAGAAAGAGGGAGGAGAGGGAGAACUAACGGGAUGUCGAGAAGCUGUCGAAAUUUUAACCCGAAAUCCCAAAAAAGCCUCGUACGACGUGACAAAAGACGAUGUCAAAGUCGCUGUUCUUACAUUCACGAAGAGCGCGUAUAGGCUUGGGGAAACUGUUUUGGGCGUUGUGGAGAUUAAUGAGCGGGACGGACGGGGGAAGGUGAUUUCGCUAAACGCAACGCUAGAAACAACCGAAAGCCUCCCAGCCUCUCUAGGAAUCACGAACACAAGCACAAGCACAAGCACCACGCGCCGCAUCCACGCAGAACACCACGCCUCAUUCACAGGCAGCACCCUUCGCACCACAUUCGCACUUGAUAUACCCAGUGACGCAUGUCCUGGAUUCGGAAUUGUGUGCUCAUCUCUUCCCUUACUUGGGAACGGCCAUAUUAACGGGUCUGUGUCUGGGAACGGUACCGGUACCGGAUCUGUACCUGGGAAGGCAGGGGGAUUAACGUGGAAAGUGCACCUUACGCUAUUGGUAGGUGUAACAGCGCCGAACGCACGGGUGCGUGGGUUAACGAGGGAUGGAGCGCCUACUGCGUGGGGAAGUGCGUGGCGUGCCCCUGUGGGGAUCGCUCCUGAGCAACAAGAGGUGCCUGUUUCACCUGGGAGCGUUGCGAAGGAGGUCGGAAAGCAACCGCAGCAGCAACAGAGCUGGGCUUCGUACCUCAUGAGUUCAUUCCUUGGGACUGGGGAGAAGGAGUAUCAUGAUGGGGAUGAUAUUGAUGAUGAUGAGGUUCCUGCUCAGAAAGGGGAAGAGGAACAAGAACAGGAGGGAGAUUGGAGGGAUGUACAGGUUGAGAUUGUGGAGUGUGAAGUGCCAUUGGUCGUUUGGCCCGGUAACACGGCGUUCAGCGCUGUAGAUGUUGUGUUCGAGGUUUGACCUAGUCUUGACUUUGCGCAUGACCUCCUCUACGAUCGAGAUCAUGAUCUAGAUUCCGCGGAAGGAUCCGUACGCCCCACGGGGCCUUUGUCUUUCGGCGGUGGCGGGGGAAUAUUUAUCGAAAGGUUUUUCUUUGUUUGUAUGUAUGUUAUUAUUUUAAUUAAAAAAAUGGUGUUCGUGA